AGGCGUGCUGUUGGUCGAUUCGAAGUGCGUGUUCGUUAGGGCUCAGUGAACUAGAAUCUACACUCAGUAGUCAAUAGUGUCUGUAAAGCGACGGUGCGAAAGAUGUCGUUGUAGAAUUAAUCUAUUAUUAUUUUGUACGUUAUUAAACGUCGAAAUCAUAUUUUUGUAUGUAUAUAAUUAUGAAUAUAAAUGUUUAUUUUAAAAUAGAUUCAGUAUGUUUAAUGAAAGUUCAUCCUAAAACUAGGUUAAUCACACUUUACUCGCUUGGCCUGUUGCCAAAUUAGUAAGAUUUACUGGUAGUUACUGUAUUUAUGGGACUGACCUCAAAUUGUUAUUCUAAAAAUUCUCGUGUUUUUACAAUAUUCAGCCACUACCUUCAUGGCGUUUUAAAAUUAUAUCGUAUGUAACCCUAAAAACAAUUUCAAAAGCUACUGGCACCUGUACUGAUACCAGAUGAAUCCAUAGCUGAUUUCUGGUACAUGGCUCAAAAUGGCGGGAUUCCACCGUUUGCAAAUCUCGUGUUUCAGCCGGGGUUCCUCCUUUCAGCAGGCGUUCAGCAACCGCGACCGGCAUUUGUUCAGAGUGACACCGUUACUUUAAGACACCCAAGGCCCGGGGAUGAUCGAAAAGAAAAUGUGUACACAGACUCGCCAGUGUGGGCUGAAAAGGACUGUCACAAAAUACCAGCUCAUUUUUCUGAGUUUUCUCAAGACAAAGAUCCAUCUCGAGCUCAAACAGGCAAUGACAACAUAGGUCAGUCACAAUAUUCACCACAGGGCCUAAAACUUCUCGGAGCCCAAAUACCUGUGACGAAGCAACCGCCUGUCAUCACGUGCAAGGUUGGGAAAGUCACAAAUGUACCAUAUGAUACUUCUGUCAGCUCGGAAAACAGUCACGGGGAGUCCAUAAUCUGUAACGAAUGUCACAAAUGUAAGUGCGAGUCUUGCCAGAAACCUCGGCCACUUCCAUCACGGUGGAUCUGCAAAGAAAAGUACCUGUGUUCCGCCGACGUUGUAGUUGAUUGUUGUUCGUGCAUAUGUUGUGUGAAAGGUUUGUUUUACCACUGCGCGAAAGAUUAUGAACAAGACAACAGUGUGUCUUGCGCAGAUGAUCCGUGUUCUUGUCGCCCUCAGUGUAGAUCUUUGAGAUGGUUAACUUUAGGAGUUCUGUCUACUUUGUUGCCUUGUUUAUUUUGUUACUGGCCAAUGAAAGGUUGUAUUAAGAUGUGUGAAAUGGGGUACGAUCGACUGUCGAGUCCUGGCUGUCGAUGUGUCCCCCGACGAACGGCUAAAUCUCCCAAUAUGGAGAAGACGCCAGAAAAGGGUCUUUUAGAUACCAGCUCUGACUGCUGAUAUCUACAAAAGCUAGAUAGAUUCAAGAAUAACCAAAUUGUCAUUUGUCAGUGUAUUGAUAGCUGCUACAGCUUGAGUGGUCUGGUCAAGUAAUUCACGAGAAGAACAGAAGUGGGGGGGCUCAUAGUCUACAUUAAUAAAUUAAAUUAAAUGAUUGUACAACUAUGCAAUCAUAAGACGCUGUGUUAUAAGUCAGUUUAGAACAUUUACGGUCGGUGUAAGAAAACUGAUAUAAUCGACUUGUUAAGAAUAGUGGUCGUUUCAAAGUUUCAGUGAAGUUAUGAAAGUUAAAAUGUGUCGAAGAAGUAAAAAUGGUGAACAAAACUGGCCUCGGGGAGACAGAAUGCGAACGGGGGUAUGAAGAAUCUGUAGGAAACCUUUACAAGCAGAUGAUGCUAAUGUUGACAUGUCUGUGUGAAAGAUAAAGCUGAUACACUCAAUUUGUAUGGAAGUAAAUUUGAAUACCAGAAGGUUCUGUCUGCUUCAUUGUAAGGUAAUUGGGUAGGCAAGAUUUCUUUAAGUCAGAUUUUCAACAUGUAUUAUUUGUAUAGAGUAAUUCAUAAGCAAUUAAGGUAUCAGUUAUAGUUCCUCACAAGCUGCCUAAGGAAGAUUAAACAGAUCAUUGUACAACAUCAGCAACUUAUUGAGUCAUUUACAGAUUCUAGACCAGUGCUGAUGACUGUGGACCAUCAGAUUGGCCAUUUUUCAACCUUAAUGAAUAAGAUUCUUUUUGAUGCAAGUGAACUUGCCAACAUUUACAUUUUUCCCUGAGGAGGACCUGGCAAGAUGUUUUAGGAGGUUUAAGCGUGUCCAA